AUGCACUUGACAACUAUCGAUGGCGAUGAAGAUCUUCGCAUUCACAAUAUUUCGAUACUUCCAUCGGAUCAGUGCGCUACCGAAGAUCAAAGGGCAGCGAAAUGUUGCUGUGGUGACGGGUUUUUCUUCGAUUUUCCUACAAAAAAGUGUAUGGUUUCGCUCAAUGUUGGUUUUAUGUUCGGUCGAUUAAAUAAUGGUUGGUCCCAUAUGAUUGUUUAUGGAUUUGCAUAUCCGAUGCUUUUGCUCACAAUGAUUGCCCCAUUGUGUGCAGUGAUGUUAGGAAUGGGAAAACGUGAAAAGCGCGAGGGUGAUCGAAGAUUUCCAAAUCCUCUCUAUCAAAUGAUCUGGUUACUUUCAUUUUGUGGCUGGGUAAGCGUACUGGCACCACUUCCAUUUACCGUAUGGUACUAUAUAGUUGGCGAGGGAACGAGGUCACUCAAUCAAUCAGUAGUUAUGUGUCAUGUAUUUCGCACCACUAUGGAAGCAAUUCCACACACUGUUGACACUAUGAUGACACUAUUUAGUGUUCUUCUAGCCGCAGCCAGGUUUCUUACUCAGUACCAUCGAAAUACGUUGAAGCUGAGGACCGUGGAAAGAUUUUCUAGAGCCAUAUGGUUAAUUAUUUUUGUAUGCAUCGCUAUUGGACUGUUGAGAUUCUUUGAGCAUGACACUACAGUCUACCAGUUUUGUAUGGAUACGGAGCCAACUCCCAGAUGGGCUUCUCGCUGUAUGGUUCGGGAUGGCGCUUUGAUGAGCGUUCUGACAAGAUCGUUUUGGAAGAUAUUCUUACCUUUGUCCGACUUUGUCGUACAAUUCUUAUUACCCGGCUGUCUGCUAGCACUACUUCACGUUGGAUUUAUUCGAGAACCAGAGAUAGACAUGGGGGAUAUGACCAGACACAAUCGCUUUGGACGAACGCCUCGGGACCAAACGCGAAUAUUAAUCACAACGGUGACCAUUGCAUUCCUCGUUGUUCAAGUGCCGACAGCUUUCAUCACCACUUUGAGCCUCACAAUAAAUCAUUUUCAAAAUAAUAAUGCGCUCAUGUUACUUGCCUUAGUGACUGGUCAUCUACAGCCGAUGCUUUCGAUCAUUACCAUUGCCGCUAAUUGUGCAGCAUUAUUAACUGCCUAUUAUGUGAUUGUCAAGGACGACGACGUAGACGUUGGCGAUUCACGCUGUUCACUUUCGGAGACAGAAGGACCUCAUGAAAUGCUGUUACGACAACAGCGGGAACGACGAAACACAAGGAUUUCAAGGACCUAUCUGAGCGUCAGCCAUUCAUUCGACACCGGCUCGUUGCGAUCUUUCUCGAGGAAAGGAUCAUCCAUUCCGAAUGAUGUUCUCUAACACUCGCCUUUUUAUUCAUCUGAUAUCCUUUACUGCAAAUCCAUUAGGGAAUGAUAGGAUCGAUAUGUAUUGUUAAUCUUCCGAUGCUGAAAAAGUAGCAGUCUACAGUCUGUUGCAAUCGUAGUGUCCCUCCUGCGUAAGGUUACGCAUCGCAGCGCGUUCCUCACGUGUCAGUGAU